CAGCGUCAGUCAUUGGCUCCUUUCCGGGAGGGCUUCGCUUUCGGUCACUUCGUGGGAGUCCCAGAAGUGAACGGCGGCCAUGCACAUUCUGGAAAAAGGAAAGGGAUGUGUGGGUCUGGGCCUUUUUGGGGUACCUAAGCAGAGUUCCUCUUCAGAUUCUCUCUCUGUCUUUCUCUCUCAUAAGAAGUUACGCAUGUGGAAAGAAAGCUUAAAGGUGGACUUCAGCUUCCUACUGAGAAACUGGCAUAAUCAAAGGAUGGCUUGAGUCUGAACGAACACUGGGAUCUAUUUCUCAUUUUAAUCCCUCAAAGAGAACUAAAUAUGGCAUCCCAUCAGGCAUCAGGGAAACAAAUUCUUACAAGAUUUCUUAGGAAAGAUAUUUUAUUCAGUAUUGCUAUCAUAAUCAGGCUUGUGCUUGUCUUUUAUGGAGUUUAUCAGGACAAAACAAUGUUGGUGAAAUAUACAGAUAUUGAUUAUCAGGUAUUCACAGAUGCUGCUAAAUACAUCACAGAAGGCAAAUCUCCGUACGCACGAGCCACUUACCGUUACACCCCACUCCUAGGCUGGAUCUUAACACCAAACAUCUACCUUUCUGAAUUGUAUGGAAAGAUCCUCUUUGUGGCCGGGGACUUGGUGGCUGCCUAUCUCAUGUACCGCAUUCUGCUUCUCAGAGGACUGGAUAGUGAGAAAGCAUGCGGGUGCUGUGCAUUCUGGCUUCUGAAUCCCUUGCCAAUGACGGUGUCAAGCCGAGGAAAUGCAGAAUCUCUUGUAGCAGGCCUUGUCCUUGGCACCAUGUUUUUCAUGGAAAAGAGGAAUUUAGUGAAGGCAGCUGUUCUCUAUGGCCUCUCUGUACAUAUGAAAAUUUAUCCUGUGACCUAUGCAUUGCCAUUAGCUCUUCAUCUGCAAAGUAACAGAAACCCCAAGCCAGGAAAGACGUUUCCCUUAAAGAAGCAAAAGUUCAGUUAUGUGGGUGACCUCUUCCAGCUUUUCUUAAGGCUGUUCAAUCGUGAUGUUCUGCUUUUUGGGAUGCUAUCUGGUUGCACCUUUGCUGCUCUGGGUCUUAUCUUUUAUUUCCAUUAUGGAUGGGAAUUUUGGGAGCAUACGUACCUCUACCACUUGACCAGGAGGGACAUCCGCCACAACUUCUCACCCUAUUUCUACAUGCUCUACUUGACUGCAGAAAAAAGAUUCCUCGCCGUCCGAAGCUCAUCUUGAAGACAUGCUGGGUGCAGAGAGAAGAGGAGUUUGCCCUUCUGGUUCCUCUGGUGGAAUUGCUUCUGCCAGUGCAAUGGCACUAUUGGGUACAAUCCAGCAGUUUCUACAUAUUAGUAAGAUCUCACAUUUUAAGAUUUAAAAUGAGACCUUUUCUAAGGUCAAGAAAUCUUACCUCAGCUCCUUAUAAAGCUUCCAGCUGACAAGUUCACAAGGCAAAUGAGCUCAUAUUCUGGAGAGCUGCUUUGCAUCAAAUCACAGGAUGUUUGCACACGUUAUAGAAAUUAGAUCAUAUUGAAGUUGCCCUUAAGAUAGCUCAGUUCUCCCGUAAAUUAGGGGUUCCAUUCUCAUUCUACUGUUCCUAAUUUUUUAUCAGAUUAAACAGAAGAAAGGAGACCUAUAUACCUUUCUUCCUAAAUGAGAUAGAUACUGAAUAUAUGCAUUGUUUUUUCUGAAUAGGACAACCCACAUCCUAACUCAGUUUUCAUAUUAUCUGCAUUUCCUGAGUCAUAGGGAGAACCUUUUUCUGCAACUUAGACUGGUGCCAAAAAGAAUUCCAGGUCUGAAUCCUGGCAUGAAUCAAAAUCUGUGAAAUCAUAAGCUGUUCAUGAUUAAGAAUACACUGGGUGGGGAAGGGUGUCUAUCAUAAAUGUGUGUACAGUUAAUGUAUACUGCAAUUAUUUGUUCUAGUUCUGUAAUAUAGAAUGUUUUUUCUGAUGGCCCAAAUAGAUUAGGAAUGGUGUGUCUCCAUUUAUCCUGUUUUGUCCUCGGCACCAUGCUCAGCCCCCAUUGCCCUAGCAGACUCCACACCCAAGAAGCUUCCUUGGCAUUUGAGGCCUCUUGGGUAUCAUCAGAAGGACUUGCAGCUUCCAGGCACAAUGAGAAGAGCAAACGACAUAGGAAUGUCAUAAAAAUGGGAUUUCUUGUUCUCCAAAACCUGAGAGAGAUUUAUGGGGACAUAUGGUUUAGCCCCAGUUCAGCUGGACAGAUAGGUGUGAGUACAUUGCAUCUGCCAGAAGACUGGACACAUGGGCUUUGGCUACAUCAUGGAAGGAGUGUUGUCAUGCUGAGAUAAUUCCAUAUUCAGUUAUCAAAAAUACUGCCAGUUGAAGACUAGAACUUUGUAGAGUUCUCUCAUUUGGCUCGAGCUCCACAAAGAAUUGGAAGGUUCAGUUGAUGCCUAACAGAUUAGUAAUUAUUACAGUAUUCUGAAAAAACACAAAUCUUUAACUGGGUAGUUCUGUACAACUGAAUAAAUAUAUUCUUGUGUGUGCCGAACAGCUUACUUCUGAGUAAGCCUGCAUAAGAUUCCAAUAUCGAUUUUGUACUUCUCUCUUUACCAGCAUAAGUGAUUACCUGAGUCUUUAACAUUAUGCCACCUCUUUGGUUACUACCCCUUCCUCCUUUCAGCAUGCUAAAAGGAAUAGUGGAAUUCAAAAGACUGGAGUCUACUGGCCAUCUUCUAAGCUUCAGAGUGAAACUGAGCGUAACAAUUUUGUCUGAAGUUGCUGCCAUAUGCAUGAAUAAGGCAGAAAAUCCUUCGUAACAUUUAAACUCCUGCUCAGAAUUUCACUAAACCAAUGAAAGGCACACCUCAACAAACCCGUAUGUAGUUUUCCCCAGAAUUUGAAAGAAAUGCAUGAUGUGCCAAGCUGCAAUUUGAGUAAAAGGUACAAGAGUAUCAAUUUUUAGCACUUUUUAACUUGCUGUGUUUGCAGCUAUUUGUGCUGAUCAGAUUGACAUUUUGAUU